AUGGUUACUGACGAUUCCUCAGGAACUACAAAUAAUUCUAAUUUGUUGGAUAAACAUACAGAGUACACUAUUGAAGACGACUUUUUGGAUGACGAUUUUUUUGUAGAUGAUUCGAAUAGAACAUUUGAUGAAGGAGAUAAUGAUGUAAAACCAGUAAAUGUUUAUACAUCUACAGGUACAUUAAUACCGAAAAAAAAUGGUAGAAGUGCUCCAAUAUGUUUCAAUUGUGAUGGUGAGCAUGUUUUAGCUAAAUGCCCAUUUCCAAAAGAUGAUAAAAAAAUUAAAGCUGCUCUUACACUAAGUAGAAAUAAGAGGAAUAAUACUUCAAAUCGAUAUCACGAUGAAAUUAAUGAAUCAAAAUAUAUUCCUGGAGAGAUAUCUAGUAAAUUGAGGGAUGCUCUAGAUAUUGAUAAAAAUGAGUUACCCCCAUGGAUUCACAGGAUGAGAGUAAAAGGUCUUGUACAAGGUUACCCUCCAGAAUUACUUCUUGAUGCGCUAGAAAACGAUGAAGAAACGCUUGAUUUUCAUGCUGGUAACGAUGAUGAAGAGUGUCCUGUUCCAUCUAAAAAAAGAAAGGUGAAUAAUAAGGAUAGUGAAGAUUUAACAUUACCACCUAAGAUUAAUCCAAAUAAAAUAUUUGAUUUUCCAGGGUAUAAUAAAUAUAUACCAAACUCGUUUAGUAUUUCAGGACCUAGUUAUCGUGUACCACAUUUUGGUGAUUUUAUGUAUAAUCUGGAAGAAAUGAUAUAUGAUAACUUCUGUCAACAUCAUAGGAUUAAUGAUUAUGAAUUAGCAUAUAGACAUAAAAGACGCAGAGAAAAAAAUCUUGUUAAAAUAGAAAAUAAAGAGAAGGAAGGUCAUAAAAGUAGUGAAUCAUCAAGUAUUGAUGAAUAUGAUAAUUCAUUUCAAGAUGAUACUAUAAAUCGUAGUGUAAUCGAAGAAAAUUCAGGAACUAUUAUUGUAAACUCUCAAGAACAUUUUAAAACGACAACAGAUGAUAAACCCUCAUUAAAAAGUUUUACAGUUGGGAUACAACCUUUUGAGGCAAGAGAGGAAGCGAUAGAGAGAGGAUUUUUAAAAAAAAUUAGAUCAUUGAUAAAAAAAGCUUAA